CUCAGAGAAUUUCAGAAUGCACAAACUAUGGUAUUUGCCAUUGAAGAAAUCAACAAUAGUACCAUUAUUCUUCCUGGUGUGCAACUCGGAUAUAGGAUCUAUGAUUCGUGUGGUUCUGUGGAGAUGGCAGUGAGAGCUGCUUUGUCUCUGAUGAAUGGACAGGAUUAUCCAACCAACACUUCAUGUUCUCAUCCAGAUACUGUCCAAGUCAUCAUAGCAGAGACAUCAUCCACUCCUACAAUUGCUAUUUCUGCAGCAGUUGGACCUCUUAAUGUACCUGUGAUCAGUCACUUUGCUACAUGUGCAUGUCUCAGUGACAAAAAGAAACAUCCAUCCUUCUUUAGAACCAUCCCCAGUGACUACUACCAAAGCAGAGCGCUGGCCCAGUUAGUCAAACAUUUUGGCUGGACCUGGGUAGGAGCUGUAUGCAGUGACAAUGACUAUGGGAACAAUGGGAUGGUCACUUUUAUCAAAGCUGCCAUGGAGGAAGGAGUGUGUAUCGAGUACUCUGAACCAUUCUUUAGAACCAACCCAAGGGAACACAUUUUGAGAAUAGUUGAUGUUAUUAAGAAGUCCACAUCAAAAGUCAUUGUUGCAUUUGUCUCUUACUCUGAUAUGGAAGUCUUAUUGAAAGAACUUGCCACUGAAAACAUUACUGGUUUGCAGUGGAUUGGUAGUGAAUCCUGGAUUUCUGACAAAAAUAUUGCAAGAGGUCAAUGGCACAAUAUUUUACAAGGCUCUAUGGGUUUCGCAAUUCCAAAAGCUAAAAUAAAAGGCUUGGAAGAAUUUCUUGCUAAUCUUGAUCAGUCAACGAAAAUACCCCUCUAUCAGGAAUUGUUAGAGACCAUAUUUGAUUGUCAACUUAGUAGAAACAGCCAUAUGGGCAGAGAACUCUGCAGUGGUAAUGAACGCCUGAGUGAUGUACACAACCAAUACACAGAUAUAUCCGAUUUGCAAAUUGCAAAUAAUGUUUACAAGGCAGUGUAUGCCGUUGCCCAUGUUUUGGAUGGCAUGAGAGUCUGCACAGGAACAGGGAAUGAAACAUCUAGUGGUAAAACCUGUAUGACAUCCACUGAUGAAGUCAGACCAUGGCAGGUUCUUGAAAACAUGAGGAAUGUGCAUUUCACCAUCCAAAGUGGAGAGGACAUGUAUUUUGAUGCAAAUGGAGACCCUGCAGCUAGGUAUGACCUGCUCAACUGGCAACGGGGUCCAGAUGGUGAAAUAAAGUUCAAUAAAGUGGGCUUCUAUGAUGCUUCUUUACAAGACCCUCUUCAGCUGUCAGCAACAAACAGCAGCAUAGUCUGGACUCAAGGCCAACAUGAGGUGCCUGUGUCUGUGUGCAGCGAGAGCUGUACUCCAGGCACCAGGAAGGCUGUACAGAAAGGCAGGCCUGUCUGCUGCUAUGACUGUAUACCAUGUGGAGAGGGAGAGAUCAGCAAUGAGACAGAUUCAGUCAGCUGCUUCAGAUGUCCACUGGACCUCUGGCCAAAUACACAGAGAGAUGCAUGUGUCUUAAAGUCCAUGGAAUACCUUUCAUUUGAGGAGGUCAUGGGAAGAGUUCUAGUGUCUUUCUCAUUGCUAGGUGUGUCAAUGACUUUGUGCACAGCAGUAGUUUUUUUAAAGAACAAGGAAACUCCCAUUGUAAAGGCCAAUAAUUCAGAACUUAGUUUUCUUUUAUUAUUUUCAUUAAACUUGUGUUUCCUUUGCUCUCUUACUUUCAUUGGUCGGCCCUCUGAGUGGUCCUGUAUGUUGCGUCACACAGCGUUUGGGAUCACCUUCGUUCUCUGCAUCUCCUGUGUUCUGGGGAAAACAAUAGUGGUGUUAAUGGCCUUCAGAGCCACUCUUCCAGGCAGUGAUGUCAUGAAGUGGUUUGGGCCUCUGCAACAGAGACUCAGUGUUCUUGGCUUCACUCUCAUACAAGUGCUCAUCUGUGUCCUUUGGUUAACUAUAUCUCCUCCAUUCCCAUAUAAGAAUAUGCAUCACUACAAAGACAAAAUCAUUCUUGAAUGUGAUGUUGGGUCAGCUAUAGGAUUCUGGGCCAUAUUAGGUUACAUAGGACUCCUUGCUCUCUUGUGUUUCAUACUGGCUUUUCUGGCUCGUAAAUUACCUGAUAACUUUAAUGAGGCCAAAUUUAUCACAUUCAGUAUGCUGAUAUUCUGUGCAGUCUGGAUCACCUUCAUACCAGCGUACGUUAGUUCCCCUGGAAAAUUCACGGUUGCAGUAGAGAUAUUUGCCAUACUUGCUUCUAGUUUUGGCUUACUUUUCUGUAUUUUUAUUCCAAAGUGUUAUAUUAUACUACUCAAACCAGAAAAAAAUACAAAAAAGCACAUGAUGAGGAAAAUGCCAAGGAAAUCCCUUUAG